CCCCACCUGGCGUUGAAAGCCGCGCUCUGCUGCUUCCGAGUUUCCGGAUCCGCCCGGACCCCCUGGGCCCGGAGGCGGUCGCCGCCCCCGCCUUCCCCGCAGCCCCUUCGCCCGCAGCCCCGCCGCCCUCCCGCAGAGGGCAGUUCCGGCGCGCGAGGCCUCCCCGCCUCCAGGCCUCGGAAGGACCCUUGCUCACGGCUCCUUCUGAAGGCUCUCUCUCUCCGCCUUCCGAUUUCCCGCGGCCCCCUCGGUGGCACCUGCUACGCGGGGCUCCUCACAGCAGGGUUUGCCGGGGACAGCUGGUCUCUCCUCUGUGGCAUCGGCUUGGGCCUGGACUCAAAGGCUGGGGGCGGAAUCACCGAGAGGACGGCUCGAUCACACGCUGCUUGUUGGCUGGGACCUCAGCUGCACCUGUGGCCAUGCACCUGCACGUGAACCUGCCACGGGGCUGCUGGGAUUUCUCCCCGCCUGGGGCCUGGGCCCCACGAGCAAGCGUCCUUCCCUGGAGAAUAAGAAUGGGCAGCAAGGGGACAGCGGCAGCCCUCCAGCCCUCGUCCGGGGAAGCCCUGGCGGACGCUGGUGACAGGGAUCCUGCCCCGGGGACAGCGCUCCGAGGCACAUUUGUCUGGACUGAGAGACGGCCAGCAGUGUGGAUCCGCACAGCGGCAGAGACCGACCACGCGGGGCCCGGCCGGCCUCCUAGCAGCAGGCUGAUGACACCGGUCCCUUCCCCUCGUGGAAGGGGCAGAGACUUGUCCCCCGCAGAUUCUACCCAGAUCCUGGACACGGAACUGCCCUUCCCGCCCGGAAGGGGUCCCCGGCACCACCACGCAUGGGCCUGCCUCGCUCAUGUCCUAACCUUCCACGCGACACUGCUUCCAAUCAAGGAAGUCGCUUCACAUCCGAAGCGCAGCAGCAAAGGGGCCGAUCGAUGUCCCUGGAAUUAACUGGUUUAACCACACACUCAUCACUCAGAAGCAACUG